AUGGUAUUCAGCUGGCUGGACACUUCGACCUACAAUAGUAUCAACAAGACUCCGGGGGGCGCCAUACCUAUGGACUGGAAAUAUCCAGAGGAUGCAUCAGCGGCAGAGAAGCGGGAGUAUGUGCUCAAAGAGCUUCAGUUUGUUGCGAACAUGCUCAAGUCAUAUGCACACAAUAAGAGCGUUGCGCUCCAAGGGAAGCCCAUUCCGCGUCGCGAAACCUUUGGUGUAGAAUACGCUUCCCUAACUAGGAACUUGGUCACUCUGAUGUAUGGGAUGAUUAUACCAGAAGAAGGAAAGCCUGAGCCGCGGAUGUACAUUCACGAUUGUCUAAGCAUAAUUGAUGCAGACAAGGGGGAAGAUCACGUUCCGGUGGAGACUCUCGAUUGCCUGCGCGCGCUCAAGACGGCUUUUGAGAAAAGGAACCAGCCUGAGUAUGUUGCGGGAAUUGACAACCUCAUACGGGAUUCGAAGGGCGUGCUGCAAAGAAUAAGGAAGCCAGGAGUGGUCGAAAUACAAUUGAGGGGUGAAACAAAGGAAGACAAGUCGUUGGAGACCAUCGCGCUUUGUUACAGGCAGCCGAUAUUCAGCAGAAUCAAGAUGUAUUGGCGGAAAGUCACAGGUAUCGGCCACGGCAAGGACUGGGGCGCGCCAACCGCGUACCCCAAGAAUGGGACUGCCUGGGGAAAAGCAUUGAACCCAUCAGCCAACAACAACGACACCAACAACGACACCAACAACGACACCAACAACGACACCAACAACGACAAGGAUUCGCCUGCUACACCUGCAAAGGGCUUGAACGCCGCGGCUCCGUCUUUCACUCCGGGUGGAGGAACUGCGAAGAAGUAG